AUGCAAAGCUACACCACACCGCGCAUCAUUCGCGCUGGCUUCUUCAGGCGCCCCUUCACCACUACCACCGCAGUCCGAUCAUCAUGGACUGCUGGGCCAUCGCCACCAAGGCUACCGAAAGAGGAACAAGCGAUCUUUGAGAGGCUACAGUCACAGUCCACUGGCGCGUUCAGCACGCCAAGAUCCCAAGAUCCGCCACAGGGCGAUGCGAAGGCGGAGGCAGAAGAUGCAUUACUAGGCUCACAGACACAGCCUCGAUCAUCAGAAGCGAGCAACAUGCUCGAGGAGCUGCGGCGCAGGGCGAGAGUCAAUGCUACUGGGGAGGGUGAAGAGCUUCAUCCGGAUGUCAGGAGAGGUGCGCUGCCGGAGUUCGAAGGCGACAUCAAUCCGAAGACGGGUGAGGUUGGCGGGCCAAAGAACGAACCGCAGAGAUGGGGUGCUACGGGAGACUGGAGUUACAAUGGAAGGGUGACAGACUUCUAA